UAUAAAAUAAAAAAAGAGAGGACAGUGGCGUCUUCAGAGGGUAAUCAAGGUGCACCUGCCAGUGCUGCUGGUACUGGUAAUCAAAAUACAACUGGUGGUACAUCGACUGGUGAAUCCGGAGCCCUGUUUUCAAAACUAAGUGGAACAUUAUUAUCGGGCCCAAAUUCACCUAGACGUGUGGUUUCAAAUAUUCGUGGAUUUUUAUCAAAACGUAUUGAAAGUGUUACUAUCCCUGACACAGGAUGGAAAGACUCAAUACUCUCGAUACCGAAAAAAUGGCUUUCAACAACGGACUCACAAGAAAACGACGAAUUUGGAUUUCCUACUACAUUACCUAAGGUUCCAGUACCUACCUUAGAUCAAACAUUAACAGAAUAUAUUCGGAUAAUGGAACCUAUUACAACUAAACAGCAACUUGAGCGGACUCAAGCUAUUAUCAAACAGUUUACAUCACCAAAUGGGUUAGGACCAAGGCUGCAGCAAUAUUUAAUUGAUAAAAGAGAUAGAGAAGAUAAUUGGGCAUACUAUUACUGGUUAAAUGACAUGUACAUGGACGUUCGGUUAGCAUUACCAAUUAAUUCUAAUCCAGGAAUGGUAAUGCCACCAAGAAAGUUUAUAACAGUUCAUGAUGUCGCCCGAUUUGGAGCAAAAAUUGUCGAAGGAAUAAUGCAACAUAAAGAAAUGCUUGAAAGUAAUCAGUUACCUCAAGAACGAGCUGCAAAUCGAGAAAAAAACCAACCAUUGUGUAUGGCACAAUAUUAUCGUUUAUUAGGAUCAUGCCGACGACCAGGUGUUGAGCGUGAUUCACAAUAUUUACCACCAAAGGUUCAAGAAGAUCACCAUAUUAUUGUUAUUUGUCGUAAUCAAAUGUAUUGUGUACCAUUAAAAGCAAAUGAUCGCGGUAAAUUGACCGAAGAUGAGGUUGCUUCACAAAUUCUUUUUAUAUUAAGCGAUGCACCAUGUUUACCAACACAACCCCCAGCUAUUGGUAUAUUAACAGCUGAACCACGUUCAUUGUGGGCUAAAGAUAGAGAUGUUUUAUUACUCGAAGACACAAAUCAACGUAAUGUUGAGUUAAUUGAACAGGCAUUAAUUGUAUUAUGUUUAGAUGAACCAUUACCCGGUACAUUUAAUGCUCGUGGAUUUGCUGGAGCAACUCCAUCAUUGCAUACAAUUGGUCAUCGCGAUGAAACAAAUAUGGCACAUGAAAUGAUACAUGGUGGCGGUAGUGACUUUAAUUCUGGUAAUCGAUGGUUUGAUAAAACAAUGCAAAUAAUAAUUUGCAAUGAUGGAACAUGGGGUUUAUGUUACGAGCAUUCACCAUCUGAAGGUAUCGCUGUAGUACAACUGAUGGAAAAAAUUUUUAAUGAUAUUGUUAAUUCUCAAAAUGAAAAUAAUGGUGUGCCACAGCAUCAUUUACCACCACCGGAACGUUUAGAAUGGCAAAUACCACCGGAAAUUAAUAAACGACUAGUUGAAGCCCGCAAGAGUGUAGAUCGGCGUAUUGACGAUUUAGAUUUUUAUGUGUACCGUUAUAAAGGCUACGGUAAAACCUUUAUGAAGUCCUGUCAAUGCAGUCCCGAUGCAUAUAUUCAGUUGUCUCUACAACUGGCACAUUAUAAAUUGUAUGGAAGACUAGUUUCUACAUAUGAAAGCGCUUCAACAAGGAGAUUUUUAUUGGGCCGAGUAGACUGUAUUAGAUCGGCUAGCACAGAAGCUUUAGAAUGGGCAAAAGCAAUGUGUCAAGGUGAAGGUCCUGAUGUUCCUCUUGAAAGCGAUCGAGAAGAUGAAGCAACUUACAACAAUAGAAAAAAGGAACAUCUUAAGGAACUAUUUAGAUCUGCGGUUACGCGCCAAACGGAAAUAAUGGUGCAAAAUAUAUUGGGCUAUGGUAUCGAUAUACAUUUAUUGGGAUUACGUGAAGCUAGUCGUGAACAAACUGGUGCUAUACAUGAACUAUUCACUGAUGAAAGCUAUAGUAUAGCUAAUUGCUUCUUGUUAUCAACAAGUCAGGUUGCUUGCAGUACAGAUAGUUUUAUGGGAUAUGGUCCUGUUACACCAAAAGGAUAUGGUUGUUCAUAUAAUCCAUAUCCAAAUGAAAUUGUAUUUUGUGUUUCAGCAUUUUAUUCAUGUGAGGAUACGAGUGCAUCACGUUAUGCAAAAUCUUUACAAGAAUCAUUGGAUAUGAUGAGAGAUUUACUUAAAAAUUAAAUUAUCCAUAUAUAUAUACAAACAGAUAUAUAUGCAUAUGUAUAUAUUAAAUCCUAAAAGCU